UUUUUGUAUCGAAUUAUUUCAAAUUUUUCAACGCUAUUUUCAUGGUGUUGGGAUAUACGACGUGCGGCAUGACAAUAUAUGUGGAGAGAAAAUCCAUGUAAACUGGAAAAUGAACAGAGAAACUAAAUUGAUAAAAUGGUUUUUCAUAUUUUUCUUUUUGUCUCAAUACGCGUUCGCGCGGCGUAUCCUAGAAGAGCCAAAGAUACAUUUUCUAAAUGCAGGUGACAGUGUAGAGAAUAAUAACCCUGGAUUGAAAACAUAUUGUCACAAUGCUACAUCAAAGUACUUAACACAUAUCUGGAGGACUAUGACUAUGCAUCUGGAUAUAAAUUCAGAAUCAUAUACUUUAUACGAUGGCAAAACUCCUUCUGAGAUUCAUCAAAAACAUGAUGAAAAUCAAAGAUCAUGGAGUUUUAACUUGUUUGAUACAGGGAAACAUAAACGAUUAAAGAUCAGUCCUUUUGAAGACAUGUGUAUAGGUGUUUACAUAGAUUCAUCUAGUGAAUCUGUAUAUAUAAUGAGUAUGACAGAGACACGUAUUAAUGUCUGGAUGUUAACAAUAAUGGGAAUUGGUAUCCUGAUUUUUUGGUGUGCUAAAAUGCUGAGUCAAAAUUCGGUAUUUUAUUAUGCUUGUGGUAUUUUAUUUGGAGUUACUAUGUCUAUCCUAAUCUUAAUAUAUAUGGCAGGAAAAUUAGUGCCACGGGGCAAGUUCAUGUACUUAAUAUUUGCUGGAACAAUGAGUAUUUAUCUUGCUCGGACAUUGGUAGAGAAUGCUCAAUUGAUCGCGAUGCAAUAUAGAGAAUGGGUUAUGUGGUACAUUCUUAUAACAUCGCUGAUCAGUUUUGUAAUUUGUUAUCGUUUUGGUCCAGUUACCAAUACAAGAACGAAACAGAUAAUACAAUGGUUUCUGCAGAUUGCAGGAUUGGCAUUAGUAUAUAAUAGCAGUUAUUUCCGUGAAGCAUCUUUUUCAUGCUGCAUCAUACUUAUACUUUUGUACAAUUUCCCAAAAACAAUUCUAGAGCGAGGCAGGAAAUAUUGGCAAAACGUGUUUCCUGAAAAGCGAAAAUUGUUAAAUGAAGAUCAGUAUCGUCAGGAAGGGAUACGAGAAACUAGGAAAGCUUUAAAAGAAUUACAGGACUACUGUUCCAGUCCAGAUUGCAAUCCUUGGAAGAUGGUUUUAAGGCUGAAAGAUCCUAUAAGGUUCGCGAGAUUUAUAGAAGGAGAUUUACAUUUGUAUGAAAAUGAAAUUGAAGAACACGAUGCAGAAGUUUCGAAAAUUCUCGACGAAGACGAAUAUACAGAUGAUGAAUAUUAAUAAAUAUAAAUACUUGGAUCAAAUAUGUUUUCAUAUUGGAAACCAGUUUUUUAGUAAAGUUUAGUAAAGUUAAUUAUAUCCUAAGUUUAGAUCAGUGUUAAAUACAGCGUUUAUUUGGAUUUAUAUAAAAAUAAUCGAAACUUUGACUAAACUGCGAGAUAGAAGGUUGUAAAAAUUUGGUUUAAAGUUUGUCCAAAUAUAUUUCUCUGAUUAAUAUCUUAGAGAUUAAUAUAAUAGGCUCUUUGUUGUCAUAUUUGUAACAGAUUUGUAACAGA